AAAAAAGUUUGUUUUGCAGAUCUGGUUGGGCUCAAGCUCGUAUUCGUAAAAAACAUAACUCCGGCGAGCAGUGAAGAAAGUAUAUGCGAAGCUUGUGGUGAAGUUCAAGACAGUUUGGAUAUAAAUGGCAACAUUUUGCCAAAGAGGCGAAUCAUAAAAAGUUUGGCGCCUUGUUUCGUUGCGCCUUCGAGAAAAGACGGAUUUUUGGAACGUGUGCACAGUCAGAAUGUCUGCCUCGAGAACAUUGCCUGUGAAAACUUCAUCGUUGCCGGACUUAUUCGAGUUGAAAAUUUAUCUUAUUUUAAAGAAGUUGCAGUGCGAUUCACGCUUGAUGAGUGGGAGACUUUUCGUGAUAUCAGAGCAGAUUACAUGUCUUCCUGUUCGGACGGAAAAACUGACAAGUUCAGCUUCCGUAUUAUGGUCCCGAUCGACUUCGAAGUAAAUCGUUUCAUGCAGUUCGCCAUCCGUUAUCUCGUAUCGAACCAGGAGUUUUGGGAUAACAACAGUUGGAAGAAUUACCACGUGAAAUGCAUCGAGUAUAGUUUUGCAAGUGACCUUUAAGAAUGAGGUGAACCCUGACUGCUGCGAAUUCAUGAUCAGCUGCGCGGAAAAAAAUCGGAAACCUUUCCGUAAAGUGCUUUUUUCGAAUAGAAAGAGCUAAUAUCAUAAAUAAGAAAAUUAACAGAGACUUUUCGCCCUUAACAAAAUCGAAAGAGAGCGAAGGUGCAAGCCAAUAUUCAGUGAAUGUUUACAGUUGACUCGACAAUGCUCUAACAAAAAAAGAACGUCAUUGUCCUUUUGAGAUAAACACACACGCUUAAUAUUCGAAUUUUAAAGAUGUUGAGCGUUGUAAGCUAGAGAGGUAUUCAGUAAAACUAUCUAACUUGUAAAUGACGGACGUCAGUGACGGACAUUUACGGGGGAAGAGCUGCGCAAAAAAUGGCUACCCUGAAAACAAUUUAAAAACCCACAAUUGAAACAAUUUCAGUGGCCCUGCUCCUUUGGGCCAACUUUCAAAAUUCAGUAUCAAUGGUGUAAAGAUAUUGAAUGAUUUAUCAGCUGUUUCUCCUAAGACUUUCACCUUAGACCUGUUCGUCAAUACGUCUCACUGCUAUUUGCUGAGUAUCGACUUACAGGCGACUUAAAAAACUGUGUUGGCACGCAACGGUUUUCCUCACAUGUUUCGCUAAUUUUAUGACGCCUGUGUACACAGUAGGUGACAACAGUCUUUUGAGCGAUUUUAGGUGGGGGUGAAAAAUACACUAGCGACGAUUUUACAGCCACUUUGUCGCUACCACAAAAAUUUCCCCCGACGCGCCAACCUGAUUGUCAAAAAUUUGAAAGUUUAUCUGAGAACUUACAGUAGAACCUCGAUAUAACGAAGGGCUAAGUGACUGGCAAAGUUUGUUCACUAUGCGGCGAUGUUUCGUUAGGUCGAUGUUCGUUAUAUCGAGGAACGUUCCAAUGUACUUAGUCUCCAGAAGGGCCGAAAAUUUCCUUAUACUGUUAUAUUAUCCUGAGUCACUUGGUUGACCUGUAUAAAUCGUAUGUGCCCUACGGUAUAAUUGUCCAUAAAGAUUCUGAAAAUCGCAAUAAAAUCAUCAGUAAACGCCAGAAAAUCGCAGCGAAGAUCGUGCGCAGAAAGACGACUUCAUAGUCAGUAAAUAGCAGUUAAACAUCACUCACAACCGUAUUGCUCUUCUCCGGCUGUGCUUUGCCUUAAAAUGUUCAGUAGCGUGACAAAACUCGACGCUUAAACAAGCCGAAUUUAAAAUCCAAAUAGUUUGCACCUGUGCGAAAGUAUUGAACGCAGACUUUCUAACCUGCAGGGAAAAUAAAGCACUAGCUGCGCUCAGAUUAGACUCAUUGUAUUAAUGCAUAAUGAAAAAACUUUCGAUGUAGCGUUUGAACUGAAACUUUCGAUUUACAAAUUGGUACUUGCACUUACAGGGCUCAAAUAUAACUUUCAAUAUUCAGAUUAUAAAAAAAAACUCGGAAAAAAACAAUUAACCACUUCACCUCUCCAUCCCCCUCUUACCGAAAAGAAAAAAAGCAUUUCAUUCUCUUAUUGGAAGCUUAUUUAAUUUAUUCGAAGUAAUAAUAUUUAUUUUACAACACAUACUGAUUAGCUCCUCAGGUGAAACGUCAACGAUGAUUGUCAUUUCUCAUUUUCUGUCCGUUUGACAGAAUUUGUUUUCACUCCAGUUAUUUUCGAGUCAAAACAAUGAUUGCUGUACCUCUCGGUUGACCCCGAGAUGCUUGCUUUCAACACCAACUUGCCAGCUCUAAUAAAUUGAAUAUUUUUAGACUGAGCGAAAGGGCAAGAUCUAGUAGAAAAUUGCUCCUGUAACGUUCCUCUUAAUAUCGACGCCUCCGAGCAUAAAUAACCGGAACAAAACGGUAGAAAGACCUUUUGAUGGCUUUUUUCCCAAAACCAAGUUCAAGUCCGGUAGUCCUGAUUAGUUUUAGUGAUUGCACUUAGCAAAGAUGCCGCUGAUACUUAAUGAAAAUAUUUUUUCCCUUAACCAAAGCAGAAUAGUGGUAGACGUAAACACAUUAGUCACACCCAGCUGAGGAGCCUAUUACGUAAUAGGCUCCUACCGGCAUUUAAGCAGUAAGCCUAUAGGCAAAACCCUUUACAGCUGCAGGGGACAGGGGUACUUUUCAUUGCACGACUAACAGAAAUUAACAUUUUUGGCUAUUAUACAGCUAAUAGUCAAGUUCUUUCCGUUGCUGUUAACAGAAAUUAAUUUUUAUGUUUAAACAGUUGAAACUCAAUUUCCAUUCAUGUAAAACACAUUUAAGGUCAGAGGUCUGACUGGCCUCCCACGCAGUCGUUUUGUAAGAAGGGCGAGAUAUGUUACCCCCAUUUAAAAUAUCGCACAUCUUUGGACCGACUCCGGGAAGGAAAUGAUAAAUAAGAAAAAAACUUUGGUAGGAUCCGAAGACACAAAAAAGUCAGAAUCUCGACGCUUUCAAGAGCACUCUGAAAAAGUUCUUUUCUAAUCGUAAAUACAGUUGUUAUGCAAUCGACCACUUCGCCCAAACAGCAGCGAAGUGAAGCCGAGUAUUGAUGUAUUUGUUAGGGGAGGCAAAAAGCUAAGUAAUUUAGAUCAAGUGCCCAUCAAUACUGCAUCUAUGGGCUACAGUUUAAUUAAAUGGCAUUAAAUUUUAUUUGUUGGGUAACUUUUUAUACGCUGUGUCUAAGGAUUUUAAUCCUACAAAGGAUCAAAAUUUUUCAAUUUUCGCUCCAAAAAAACUCCAAUUUUUGACCUUUUUACUGCACAUGGUUAACCCCAGAUAGAGACCCUACCAUACCCCGCACUAUCAUAUCAGUUGCAGGGAAAAAGAUACUUAAGAGUCUUUAAGGUCAAAGGCCCAUUUAUAAGGCAUGACAAAAGGCACGAAAUUGCCGACUACACUAAACUAGGACUUAAAAAUUGUCCUAACUUGACUGUGAAACGAAAAAUCUUGUAAAGCAAUCUCUACCUUUUGCGUCUGCUUGGGGAUCCUUGAAACUCAGUUAUUUGUUAGAUUUUUGGCGAUUUCUCAGUACAGUGGAACCCCGCCUUACGACCACCCCGUUUAUAAGACCACCUCGUUAUUACGGCCAUAUUCUUUCAAACCAAGCAUAAAAAACAUUGACUCAUUUUAUUAUUUUGAAGACCCCGUUAAUGCGACCACCUCGUUAUUACGACCAGGAUUUUAUGGCCCAACGGUGGUCGCAUUAACGGGGUUCCACUGUACUCUUUUCCGUACCCAAGUAAUCAUCCAGAAGUUUAUUCGUUGGAUCAAAGGUCUCCACAGCUUUCAGGAACCUAAAUUUCUCAGUUUAUUUCAUAUUUUAGCCAAUUCUCAGUUAUCAAUUUCUCAAUCGAGCCUCUACACUGGACUUCAUUUCAGUUGUAGGAUUUCUAAGAGAGCACACAAGCAUGAUAUUUUUGAAUUUAUGCACCCACGUGGCAAGUGUGUGCGGCUCCAUUAGUCACUGGAACUAAAUAAUCAGCAAAUAUACAGACAGAUCGGACAGCACUUUUUCUAAAGUAAGCUAGAUUAAUAAUGACAACCAACAAUAAGGGCACUGUUAACGUCCAAUCAACAACGGACUUUGAAGCUUCCUGAAGAUGACGUCACAUAAUUUCCCAUAUGACAGCAAGCGAGCUGCUUACAAAUGCGUUAACGUAAAGCGUGAGCAAACCGCAACUACAGGGGCCGUUUUCAUGUCGGAAAUCAGAUGUCUCAUCCGAGCGGGAACUGUACGCCCACGCGAACGAUGAAGAAGAAAGUUUCCUUCGCAGACACCGCCGGUUUAGAGCUUGCGACCGUGAAAACCAUUCCGUCGAGCAACGGAGAAUUGGAAGAAGCCGUGAUGAAUUUCACGACCAGCGAUACAAACUGUGGUCUACAUAUGUACAGUAUCCGGCGGAAAAUGAAAUACCUCUCUCCAAGUUUUGUCCAACCAUGUAAAACUGAUGCGUUCCUCGAGCGUGUCUUUUCAGAAAACGUUUGUCUCGAAAGCCUAUCGUGCUGUGAUUCCAUCAUUAUUGGUGUUAUUCGAGUGACAAACUUAUGUUAUGCUAAGGAGGUGACAGUAAGGUUCACGCUAGACCAGUGGGCCAGCUACCGAGAUGUCUGGGCGGAUUAUGUGUGUGCAAACAUAGAUGGAAAAACGGAGCAGUUCAGUUUUCGCAUGGCCCUACCCAUGGAGUUGGAGGUUGAUCUGGAAAUUGAGUUUGCUAUUCGUUAUCGUGCUGCUCAGCAAGAGUUUUGGGACAAUAACUUUGGGACGAAUUAUCACAUUCGAUGCAUUGAAAUUUCUCAAUAA